AUGAGCAGUUCACUGAGAAACAAAGUUCAGAGGAAAUUCAAGAUGCGAGGCUACACACUAAAAGUCGAAGCCCUAACUGAAAUCCUCUCUUUCGUCAACCGCUUCCCGGAAGCCCAAGACGACGCCAUUGAACUUCUCCUCGACGAACUCCAUCACUUUACCUUGAAAUCUUCAAUUUUGGAUAAAGAAGUUGUGGGUAAAGUGGUGAACCUUUUAUUGGAAGCUGAGGCUGCCGUUGAGGAAAACCCUAAUGAUGCUGUUUUGGGUAUUGGUGGCUCUGCCCUUCGAUUUAUCAAUGCUUUUGAUAUUCCGAAAUUUCGAUACGAUCCCGUGAAGAAAAUUUUCCACGAACAUACAGGUAGAAACCCAAUUCAUGGUGAUGCUUGUGCAAAAGCUGCACUUUAUGGGGAUAGGUUUCUCCUGCUGUUUCAGAGGCUCUCUCGUGAUCCCCAUUUUGCACGGCCUACAUUUGCUUCUGAGAUUUCUGAGUAUGGCAGCUGUGAGAUAUCUCCUAUUCAAUCUUUGGUUGGGCGUAUAGGAAGAAGGUGGAUCAUGGGUUUAAUAUCUCAGUUCGAAGACGGGCAUUUCUACCUUGAAGAUCUGACUGCUGCCGUUGAAAUAUUUUACAAGAUAACCACUGGAUUUUUUUCAGAGAACACAAUAGUUUUAGCAGAAGGAGAGAUGCGACUAGAUGGUAUUUUUCAGGUAAAAACGUGUGGAUUCCCUCCUCUCGAGGAUAGAGAAAAAUCGGUCAAUUAUUUUACUGGGGUAGACUUCUUCGGUAGCAGCACACUAACAAAAGAAGAAACUUUGAGACUGGCAGAGUUGGAGACGAGGGCUGUAAAUGACAUGUUUGUGAUACUUUCUGACAUUUGGUUGGACAAUGAAGAGAAUUUGAAGACUGUCCUCUAUGGUUAUGAGAAUGUAGAUGUGGUUCCUUCCCUGUUUGUUUUCAUGGGAAAUUUCUGCUCUCGCCCCUGUAACCUGUCUUUCAGCUCUUUUUCUAUGCUCAGGUUGCAGUUUGGAAAGCUAGGAGAAAUUAUUGCUAGCCACAAAAGAAUAAUGGAACAUAGUAGGUUUCUUUUUAUUCCUGGUCCAGAUGAUGUAGGUCCCUCAACUGUUCUACCUAGAUGUGCUUUGCCCAAGUAUAUAACUGAAGAACUUCUCAAGCAUAUACCGAAUGCCAUUUUCUCCAGUAACCCCUGCAGAAUGAAGUUCUACACACAAGAAAUUGUAUUUUUCCGUCAGGAUUUGCUUUACAGAAUGCGUAGAUCUUGUCUCAUGCCACCUUCAACUGAGGAAACUAGUGAUCCUUUUGAGCAUCUUGUUGCUACAAUUACACAUCAAAGUCAUCUUUGUCCUCUGCCAUUGAGCAUACAGCCCAUUAUUUGGAAUUAUGACCAUAGUCUCCAUCUCUAUCCAACCCCGCAUACGAUUGUGCUAGGGGACAAAAGUGAACAGAAGGCUUUCAAGUAUACGGGCAUUACAUGUUUCAAUCCAGGGUCUUUCUCGAAUGAUAAAACCUUUGUGGCAUAUAGACCUUGCACUCGGGAAGUUGAGUUGUCUGCUCUGUGA